GGUGGGUGCUGCGUGUGCGGGGCCGGCGGGACCCUGAAGCGGUGCCUUGUGCCGUGUCGCAGGGCCCAUCCUGCGCCUGUCGGGCGGGAGGCACGGCUGCGAGGGCCGCGUGGAGCUGUUCGACGGCAGCAGCUGGGGCACGGUGUGCGACGACCUGUGGGACCUGCGGGCUGCCCGGGUGGUGUGCGCGCAGCUGGGCUGCGGGGAACCCGUGGCCGCCCCGGGCAGCGCCCGCUUCGGGGCCGGCUCCGGCCGCAUCUUCCUGGACGACGUGCAGUGCCGCGGGGACGAGCCCUCGCUCCGGAUGUGCCGGCACAACGGCUGGGGCAUGCACAACUGCCGGCACGUGGAGGACGCUGGUGUCGUCUGUGCAGCACCUUAUUUUUGUGGUGGCUCAAUCUCAAAUUCCUCUGGGAUGCUGCAGACUCCCUUCUACCCUGGAAGUUAUCCAAACAACGCUGACUGCGUGUGGGAAAUACAAGUAGAGAACAAUUUCCGUGUUGUGCUCACAUUUAGAGAUAUUGAGAUGCAAAGCGGCAGAUGCCAGUAUGACUACAUUGAAGUCUACGACGGGCCUCUACAUUCCUCCCCGCUUCUUGGGAGACUUUGCUCUGGUUCCUUUCCCACAUACACAUCCUCUUCAAACAUGAUGACCGUUCACUUUCACAGCGAUUCUAGAGACACCUUCAGGGGGUUUCAGGCUCACUACUCCUCCAUUCCAGCAGUUCACAACUCUACCCUUCAGUGCUUGCCAGACUACAUGCAUGCAGUGGUUAGCACAGACUACCUCCAGUCUCAGGGCUACUCAGCGGAGAUGGUCACUCUGAAUGAUAAUCGUUGUAGACCAACAAUCACAUCACGUGAGGUUAUAUUCAACAUUCCCUACAACGACUGUGGGACGACACGGGAGGAGAACAACGAUACCAUCAACUAUUCCAACACCAUCAAAGUUACUUCUUCUGGGUACAUAAUCAGGAGGAAAAAGAAUAUUAACUUACACAUCAGUUGCAAAAUGCUACAGAAAACAUGGAUGCAAAUAACGUAUGUUGCUGAGGACACUGUAGAUAUGAAUGAAAAUCAGUUUGGAAGAUACACCAUAAACAUCACUUUCUAUGACUCCUCAUCAUUCCUGCGGCAAGUGCACGACUCUCCGUACUACAUUGACUUGAACCAAAAUUUGUACCUUCAAGCUUAUCUUCACAGCUCUGAUCCAAAUCUGAUCCUGUUUGUGGACACAUGUGUGGCAUCACCUGAUCCUCAUGAUUUUAACAGACUGGCCUAUGAUAUAAUCAGGAAUGGAUGUGCUAGAGAUUCUUCCUAUGCCACGUACUACUCCCCCUACAGCCACUUUGCUCGGUUCAAGUUUAAUGCCUUUGAGUUCAUCAGCCGGCAUUCAGUAGUCUACCUGCGGUGUGAGCUGGUGGUGUGCAGGCUUCGGGACUAUUCCUCCCGCUGCUACCGGGGCUGUGUUAGCAGGGCCAAGAGAGAUGCAAGUUCUGCUGAGGAAAGAGUGAAUGUGGUUGUCGGGCCACUUCAGCUUCAAGGAGGGGGUGCUAAGAGUAGGAAUAUUGGGCUGGACUCCUCUCUGCCUCCUCCCCAAGCUGAUAACCCCCUCACGCCGGCCGUUGCUGCUGUCGCUGUCCUCGCAGUUGUCGUCUUUGUUCUUGCUGGGUUUCUUGCAAGACCUGCACUGAAGAAACUGCUUUCACAUGGGACAAUGUGAGCUCAAAGGUCAGCAUCAUCCACUCGGUGACUGCAAGGCAAAUGUCACAUAUCAUCAGCUGCCAAAAUGCUUCACUGACCACAGUCACAUUUGUACCAUUUGUAAGAAGCUGUGAUAUCUUUAUCAACAAUAAAUCCUAUCCUGUUAUAGUGCUUUAGAAUAACUUUGUAAUCCUAACACUUCUUAAACGAUUAAGAAAUCAUUUCAACAUUCAUGUCACGAGUUGUUUGGUACGAUCAUCUUACCAUUUUUGUCCUCUUUAGUUCCCUUCUUACGUUCUUCUGAGACCAUGUACCUAAUGCCUAGAGAUUUCAUGAGCUGGAGAGACAAUAUGAAUGGAUAUCAAUAAGUAUUUCGAGGUUUAGUAUAGAGUAAAAGAAAUAGGUCAUGCCUGGAAAGGAAAUGUAAAAAUUGUUCUUAUCAUGGCAUCUAGAGUUGUGGCUAUACAAUAAUUAUUUUGAGCAUUGCUCUUGAUGCUAAAUUUCUCAAUGGAAAAGUAACAGGUCUGUGCUUAUUUGUAAAACGCAGAGAUUUCCAAGCUGAAGUAAUCUGUUACAUGAGCAGCGUAAUUUCAAAUCAAAGGAAGGAAUGUUUACAAAGCAAUAAUUGUAUUUUGUCUUUCGAAUGAAUGUGGUUGUGAUUAAAAUACAGAUGGAUGUUUUACUCUUU